GUUGUUAUAAAAAAACCAAAUAAAUGACAUUACAUUUGUGCAACAUAACACUAGGCAACGAGUCAAAUAACACGAUUUAAGCAAUUUGUUUUUUUAUGUUUUAAGUUUAACAUAUUUGGAUUGUUUUUAUUUUCUCGCUGGCGUACGAAAAUAAUGUUGUUGUUGCAAAAUUGCAACAUUUAUGGUGGUAUAUGGUUGUUUGCAUUUGUCGGUAUCAAAAAUAUACAACUGCAACAGCAGCAGCAGCAGCAACAAAACCAACAACAAAGACAGCAGCAACAAAAACAACAACAGCAGCUUUUGCAGCUCAAAAAACAAAAUCCAAAAAAGUAUUGAGUUGAUGGGCCCCUGGUAUAUAAUUGGGGCCCUCCUACUGCUAUCGGCAAGAGCGGGGGACUCCACAAAUAAAAUCAUAAUACCGCAACAAAUUGGCAGCAAUAUCGUCAACACAAAUGUCGCCAACGGCAUGCAUCAUCAUAUUACAAAAACCUCUAUUACAACGACCGGCAACAAAGGCACCGUUGUCAGUGGCAAUGGGGUCAUAGUGGCAGGCGGUUCACUACACGGUUCAAUGGGACCAUCAUCCUCGCUUAAUACUGUCGUCGAAGAACCCGAAUUUACUGAAUAUAUUGAAAAUGUUACUGUACCUGCUGGACGUAAUAUUAAAUUGGCCUGUUCGGUUAAAAAUCUAGGAUCCUAUAAGGUGGCAUGGAUGCAUUUCGAACAAUCAGCCAUAUUAACGGUACACAAUCAUGUUAUAACACGUAAUCCACGCAUCAGUGUGACACACGAUAAACAUGAUCGUCAUCGCACCUGGUAUUUACACAUAAACAAUGUUCAGGAAGAGGACAAGGGACGUUAUAUGUGUCAAAUCAAUACCGUGACAGCCAAAACACAAUUUGGCUAUUUAAACGUGGUUGUUCCUCCCAAUAUAGAUGAUUCGCUGAGUUCAAGUGAUGUCAUUGUUCGAGAAGGUUCAAAUAUUUCAUUACGCUGUCGUGCUAGUGGCAGUCCCAAGCCGGUCAUUAAAUGGAAGAGGGAUGAUAAUUCAAGAAUUACAAUUAGUAAAAAUCAUAUUGUAAAUGAAUGGGAAGGUGAUACUUUGGAAAUAACCCGAAUAUCACGCUUAGAUAUGGGUGCCUAUUUGUGUAUAGCAUCGAAUGGAGUGCCACCAACGGUUUCAAAACGCAUCAAAGUCAGUGUAGAUU